CCGGAUGUUCCACAGUAGCAGUGAAUGUGGACACCGAGCUAGACAGGGAGGGGUAGAUAGACUUGCCAGACCUGGUCUCUCUUUUUUUUAAGUCUUUAUUCUUUAUUUGUAUUUCCUUUAAAUCCAAGAUUGCGUAUCUUAUGCAACACAACAGUUGUAAACUUGGGUUACAGACAGGACGCUGCGUUUUUCCCCUUGGGACUAUUAAGCAUUGUGAGAAGAGCCCAGAAGAAAGGAGGCGAAGCAAGAUGGAGCGAUAAAUAAUAAUAAUUAAAAAGGGAGAAAAGGAAGGGCUGUGAACCGACGAUGACUCCCUGGGAGGAUCCGUGAAGCAUAUUUAUUUUUUUAUUUAUACCCCCUCCUGCUUCCUUUUGUCUUUUUUUCUUGCUUUCCCCCACCUCCUCUGCUACUUUAAGGACGUUGUUUUUACGGUUAGCGGGACACCUUUCCAGAAAUAGCGUGAUGGACCAAGCGGACAUCCUGAGAAAGUUUAUCCAGGGCGUGAAAGCCAUGACUGAGGGGGACGACGAGAGGGGAGAGGACAACUUCGGCAGCGACUUUAUGCGUCUGCGGCGAUUAUCCACAAAGUACCGCACGGAGAAGAUCUACCCGACCAACAUAGGAGAGCGUGAGGAAAACGUCAAGAAGAACCGAUAUAAGGACAUACUGCCAUUUGAUCACACUCGAGUGAAGCUGACUUUAAAGACAACCAAUCAGGAUACGGAUUACAUCAAUGCCAACUUCAUCAAGGGUAUGGAUGGCCCAGAGGCCUACAUUGCAACUCAGGGCCCGCUGCCCAACACAGUGGUGGACUUCUGGAGGAUGAACUGGGAGUACAAUGUAGCUGUUAUUGUGAUGGCCUGUCGAGAGUUUGAAAUGGGAAGGAAAAAAUGUGAGCGGUAUUUCCCUCUGCUCGGGGAGCCCGUCAGUUUCGGGUCUUUCAGAAUCUCCUGUGAAUCAGAGCAAGCCAGGACUGACUACUCCAUCCGCACUCUGCUGGUGGAGUAUGAGAAUGAAACACGGAGGAUAACGCAGUUCCAUUACAUCAACUGGCCCGAUCACGACGUCCCCUCGUCAUUUGACUCCAUCCUGGACAUGAUAGGCCUCAUGAGAGAGUACCAAGAGAACGACGACGUCCCUAUAUGCGUGCACUGCAGCGCGGGCUGUGGGAGGACAGGCGCCAUCUGUGCCAUUGACUACACGUGGAACCUCCUCAAGGCUGGGAAAAUUCCCGAAGAUUUCAAUGUGUUCCGGUUGAUCCAAGAAAUGAGGACACAGCGCCACUCGGCUGUUCAGACCAAGGAGCAGUACGAGUUAGUCCACAGAGCAAUAGCGCAACUCUUUACCAAACAAUUGCAGCUAUUGGAGAGCCCCACAAACGUGCAGAUACAUGAUGUUAUGGAUGAAAGUAGUCCAGACAAAGCAGGCCACCAGUCAGAUGAUGAGCGAUGGGACACGCCUCCCCCGAAGCCACCACGCAUACGGAGUACCCAGGUGGAGGGUGACGUCAAAGAGGAGAUACUGCAGCCCCCCGAGCCUCAUCCCGUGCCCCCCAUACUGACCCCGUCCCCGCCGUCGGCAUUCCCCACAGUCACCAGUGUUCGCCAGGACAAUGACCGCUACCACCCCAAACCUGUCAUACACGUCCUGGCUACCACGCAACAGAAUGCCACACAGAAUGAAGGCGUAGAGAAGGAGAAGAACCCAUCAGAAGUCUCUCCCAACACUCAGACCAGUCCAUCAGAACCAAAAGACCAAAAACAGCAGACCCAAAUCUCAAAUUUAGAUCUCAAUGAAAACUACAACAACAAAGUACCUACGACGACGACAAAAUCCGAAUUGGGUCAAAGCCUGAACCCCUCCUCACCUCUGUCGCCAGCCGCUGAGUGCUGCAGUGUGCCACGCAUCGAGAGGAAGCUCAGCAUUGAGAUUAAGAAGGUGCCUUUGCAGGAAGGACCUCGUAGUUUUGACACUUCCUCCUCCGUCGGUGUAGGUGGAGGCGGUGGCGGCUCAACCAACAGUGGGGCAGCGCUGCACAGAUGCCACGCCUUCAAGGCUCGCUCCGGACACUCCCUGCUCACGUCCAGCUCCUCGCUGUCCGAGGACUCAGGCGGGGAGGUGGGAGCGGGCGGAUGCGGGGAGAGCGGAGUGGACGGAGGGCCACUCGCUAGACCUAACCACCUCCCCGUGAAGGGUGACAAAAUGGAGCUAAAGGCCGGCCAGGCAACAUGGACUCAACCCUGCAGCAGCCCAGAGAAAGCCUUCCCAAAGACCUCCUCAUCCUCAUCCUCCUCUGAUCGCGUCGCCCCCUCUUCCUCCUCCUCCUCCCACCUCUCCUCCUCCUCUUCAUCCUCCUCCUCCACUCCAGUUCGGACUGCCCUGAGUUUCACCAACCCGCUCCACUCAGACAACUCUGAUGAUGAGGAGGGCGACGGAGAGAUGUCCGCAGCAGGCAGGGAGGGUUAUCACACCAGUGUCUCCACGGCAACCGUUACAUCCCUUCACUUUGGAGAUCACCACCUGAUGCGGAAGGUGUCACCCAUGUCCAUCGCAGGGCACAGCUCAUCGCCCACUGCGGCCACAGCAAACUGCUCGGACAGUGACGACUCCCCUCCCCCCCUCCCAGAGAGGACCCCCGAGUCCUUCAUAAUGGCCACAGACACUAUAGAAGUACAGACAUGCUCCUCGGCCGAGUGGAGUGGUUCACACAAAGGUAUGUCCGAGUGUGUCAGGAAGACAGCUGACCCUGCAGCAGCCGACAACAAGGCAGACCUCGGUGGGGUUCGGUAACCGCUACAUUCCACCCACAGGCCCUCGACAACCCCCCCUGGAGUGGACAUGACGCCGCACUCUGUCCACAGCAAUGUCCUCCCCUACGGAGACGGACUAAGAUUUCACCCGGGUGGUCCGAAACCAAGCUGAAAAGCCGCCAGGAGUCCCUCUUCUUCCUCCUCUCUUGCCUCCUCGUCAGUCCCUCCUCCUCCUCUUCCAUAUGGCAAGGAGGACGUAGAGGCUCAAAGCCUGCAUUGUCCACUUCGGCUUGCUGAUGUUUCUGGAUGCUGACGUGUGGGAUCAGUCUGCUUAUUCCCCCAGCUUGUGUUGAGAGUAAACGGGGACUGUUGUCUUCAACACUUCCUCAUCUCUGACCAAAUGGAAGCCUUUCUAGUAGAUGCUCUAACUGGAAGGUGUCCUCAACAAUCUUGAAAGCAAAGUGAGAUAAUCUUUUACACUUUUUUUUCUGUGAGCUGGUGCUACAUUUCUAAGGAUGAGCUUAGAAACAGAAAGGCUAGAGUAUCUCCCCCUCUUGUCUUGGUUUGUGUAGGGAUGCGUUAGCUUCAGUACUUCUAUGCUGACCUCUUGAUUUUUUCCACCAGAGUCUCAGAGUGAUGUGUUUGGUCUUUAGCAGCAGCUCUAAUCUGUUGUGAAAUGUUUCCAACACUGCUUGGUUGAAAUUCGGCCUUUUUUUUUUUUUGCUCCCAAGGCAGGAAUCACAAUGUUUAUUUAAGGUAAAACUUUAUUUAAGGUAAAACUUUACGCAAAUGAUCAUCCGUUGUUUAAAAGUGAUCAAUAAGGACCAAACAAGUCUCCUCUAAGACUCUGGUUCUCACUGCUGGGACCAUGAGCUGGCCUUAGUCUGUCUCUCAUUCAAAAGACAGUCCUGCUUAGCUUUACUUUCUCUCUAGAAUCAUAAUCUUAAUUAAGAAUCAGAUCAACCACCAUGCAAGUCCAUGUUAAUUAGGAGCAACCUGUUUUGUUUUGUGUUCUGUUGCACAUUACACUGAUACUCAUGUGGGACUUGACUGACAACAAAAUGUCCGCGGUCCGAGGGAUCUCAAAUCCAACUGUCUCUCUCCACUUUUAUGCUGUACUACAGUAUAUGCAUCGUUUUUGUAAUUGUAUAGGUCAAUUCAGAUCUAUUUUAGGUGACAUUUUCUUUCCUUUUAACAGAAGAUGUAAGUAAGUCCCUACAUGAUGUUUUCCUUCAAAUUGUAAAUUAUUUUUGCUGCCCUUUUUUUUUGUCUUUGGAUAAUAUUUCAGGGUUGUUUUGUUUAAUUAUAUGCUUAAAAGAAAGAUUGAAUUAGUUGACUGCCAUUGGGCUCUGUUCAAGAUUGUAAUAAUAAUGUUAAUGAUGAUGAUGAUAAUAAUAAUAAUUGGUUGUUUUUUUUUCUUUUGUAAAUGCUAUUUUAAAGGUUAUUUUUGUAUGAGCAGUUGUUUUGUUGCUUUAUGUCCACACCGUUCUCGCUCCAUGCAAUCUCUACAUCAGGUCACCGUCUCAUCCAAAACAGCUGUGUUCUAUUUAUCGUUUCUUUGCCUUUUUACGUUUAUCCAUCAGACACAGUAUGCACACACUCCUCGAUCUUAGAACGAGCCCACCUGUGCCUUUUAAGAGAACGCCUUGCCGCCCCUCAUCCACCCUCCUUAAUUUCUGUUUUUGUUCUUGUCCCCCUCUCAAACACAUUCAAAAUGUUUGUAUGUUGCAGAAAUCAAUCAGUAAAAUGAACAUUAUAUA